AUGGUGAACAAAUUUUGUAUUGAAGCUCUUGACAGAACUAUGCAUGACAUUUUGCGAUUCAAGAACCAUAACAGUCUUGACCAACCAUUUGGAGGGAAGACAGUUGUUUUUUGUGGGGAUUUUCGACAGAUUCUCCCGGUUAUUCCUAAAGGAUCUAGACAAGAGAUUGUUAAUGCAACCAUAAACUCAUCAUAUAUUUGGAAUAGUUGCAAGUUGCUUACACUAACUAAAAACAUGAGAUUGAAGUCAACUAAAUCCAACCCAAUGUCAUCUAAUUUAAAAGAUUUUUCUAACUGGAUACUUAGUAUUGGUGAUGGCAGUCAUGGCACACAAGGUGAUGUAUUUAACAAAAUUGAAACCCCAAACGACAUCUUGGUUAAAUAUUGGGAUGACCCAAUAGAGGAAAUUUGUAAAGUUACUUAUCCAGAACUUUUUGUGGGUUCAAAUAUUGAUGACCGAAUUCAAGACCGAGCAAUACUUGCUCCAACCUUACAGAUUGUUGAUGAAUUAAACAACUAUAUGAUGAGCUUAAAUCCUACUAAAGCACAAACAUAUUAUAGCUCAGACAAAGCAUGCCCAAUAGAUUCCAACAAUGAUUUAUUGGCAUCCAUACAUACACCUGAAUUCCUAAACACGAUCAAAUGCUCUGGGGUUCCUAAUCAUGAGUUGACAUUAAAGAUUGGAAACCCUAUAAUGUUGUUAAGGAAUAUCAACCACUCGGCAGGAUUGUGUAAUGGCACAAGAUUGGUUUUAACCAAGCUUGGUAAGCACAUCAUAGAAGCACGCAGUAGCACCGGAAAGAACAAAGGCCAAAAGGUCUUUAUUCCUAGGAUGACUCUAAUCCCAUCCGAUCACCGAAUACCAUUCAAAUUUCAACGCAGACAAUUUUCUAUAAUGGUAUCAUAUGCAAUGACUAUAAUAAGAGCCAAGGACAAUCAUUGUCCAAGGUUGGGUUGA